AUGUCGAGCACGCUGUAUCUCGAGAGCCCCAAGGGGAGCCAAUUCCGGCUCCUCAAGCUCAUGCCUGGCCGGUGGGAUGAUGACCUCGUCGCCACUCUCUACAUGGCCUCCGAGCACCAUCGCUUCACUGCACUGUCUUACACGUGGGGAACGAGCAGGCGAUCACAAACCAUCAUGGUCAAUAACGAAGUUCAGUACAUCACCUUUAAUCUUGACCACGCCCUCCGCACAUUGCGAUCGCAAAACGACAGCGUCGUCAUCUGGGUCGACUCGCUCUGCAUCGAUCAGACCAAUGUUGGAGAGAAGACACAUCAGGUCACUUUGAUGCACGACCUGUUCUAUUGGGCGGAAGAUGUACAUGCCUACCUGGGCGACUCUUUGGAUCGCAGCCAUCCACGGUACAACCAGCAUUUCAAGCAGCUGGGAGCACACCCGCACGUGCAUCUCAACGGCGACGCAAGAGACGAUGAGAUUAUCCAACAGGUCCUGUUCAGGGACUGGCCAGCCGCAACGAAAUUAAGUUUCAUGACAGGCCAUCAGCUCAACCUAUACGUAUUUUGCCUUCUGGCAGCUCUUUCGCAGGCAUCUUGGCUGAAGCGCAUCACUGACAAUCAGAUCUUGUUUAACAAGCCUGAGACGUCCAACGCGAGUAGAGCUUUGGAAAUCGCAAAAUUGAAAGCCCUAUUCGAACACUUGCGUGCUUUCGCAAUAUCGCCGUGGUGGGACCGCAUGUGGAUCGUGCAAGAAGCUGGGGUUGCGCGAGUACUCCGUUUGACAUAUGGAAAGAUCACACUACCCUUCGAGGCCCUCGAACGGGCUAGGUCUCGUCUCGAGAGGAUAGCGCUUCCCUCACACUCGCGUCAGGAGAACAUGAAGGUCAUGUCCUUGCUCGCCACAAAGAUUAACACACUCAGCAAGCUUCGAGAGAUCCGCUCAACCCGUAUUGACAAUCUGGUCCACGGCACGAGGCGCUCGCCACUUCAGGGGCGGUACGACUAUCUUGCUCUUUCCAUGGGAAGUGCUCUGCUUUGGCUUUUGAGAAUGUUUCGCAACAGGCGAUCAUCGGAGCCAAGAGACAAAGUCAUCGCGCUGCUGCAGCUACGUCAAGACAUGGGAAGCUUUCUCAACGACAGCAUCAGCCCAGACUACGCAUGCACUGUCCACCACUUAUUUACUCAUGUUUCCUUCACAAUCAUGAGAACGACUGGUAUCUUUUGGGUUACCACAGGCGACCUUCUGUCAAAGUCCCGACACGAUAUCCCUUCGUGGGUUCCGGAUUGGUCCAACGACACGGCAGCCUAUGACCCUCACCACUUGAGUUGGAAACUACCGAUCCUUUUCAGCGCUGGCGAGGCAGCCUAUCUGACCGACGAGAAAGACAAGACCACCACUCAAGAACAUUGUCGUGAUCUGUUGCAGAACACACGAUUUGCGCCCGUCCUGAGCAAGCCCUGGCGCUUGGCUUUGGCCUGGGUCCGUAAAUAUGAUUGGGUUGUUCGGGUUGGUGACACAGUGGACAUUGACGAUGGCCAGGCGUUGACGACCAGCUUCUUUUCGAAGCUGCAGCGCCAACGUAGCGGCCUCCUCGACGGAUUCAAACCUCAAGUAGCUCUGCUCACCGAAGGCGAGUUCAUCGACACAAUCACGGGAUGUUUUGAUGCUCUCAUUCCCAAGCUGUGCAAUGAAUCAGCCGCGCUGAUGGAAAUGCUAAGGCAUUUCGCCGAUGGCUUCCUGGACAUCCGAAGAUCUGAUCGAAGCUUUGACAUAGAAAGACCGCUCCUGGAUGACUUGGGCCGGGUUCUCUGCUCUGGCGUUUUCCAAGACCCCACCGGUUUUGACGGCAUGCACAGCUCCUGGUAUCGAAUCCUUCCCGAAAGCCGCCAAGAGUUCAUCGUUUCGUGCGUCGCCCUACAAAUUCUUGGCUGGAGAUUCGUCGAGCCCUCUGUGGAGAUGACUGCGUCUUCUAGAAAGGCCGCAGGAGUCCGCUCUGGACAGAAAGAUUUGUUCGAUUUUGUAUUCACAAGAGAAGAGGGCUGCCCCAGGACUGAGGCCAUGCACCUCAUUUUCUGGCCGGUUUGGGAUACCUUCUCUCUAGAAGCGGCAUCAGACGUCAAGGACUGGGGAAACGACAUGAUUCACAAUGAGAACCCCAUACAUAUUUUCAAACUCCCGCCCGGCGAAGACACCCCGCCUGAUGCAGAAAUGGCCCACGCUAGGCUCGUCGUUCGUGAGGUUAUGGCAUCCAUGUCCUCGAUAUGUCGGCCCAUCAUGACGCGCCGAGGCUGCUUCGGGCUCGCCCCCUUGAACGUCAAGAGUGGCAAAGAUCAUGUCUUCGCCAUUCCUGGCGCCACAAUGCCGGCGGUGUUGAGGUGCGACAUGCAUAAAGACCCCCAAAGCACGGUCGAAUUUACCAUGCAAAACAGCCAGAUGACCGAGAAAAUGGGCAUGGAGAUGAUUGGAACAUGCUAUCUUGACGGCGUCAUGGACAGGAAGACACGGUAUACAUUUAUGCGGUCAACUCGUCUCUGCAUACUUUGA